CGCCGAGGAGAAGGCUGCUCGCUCGCCCGUUGGUCGCCAUCUUGUGCUGCUGCCUUCCUAUUCGCCGCCGGGCCAUUGUGUUGAAUACCGGAGCCAAUCAAGAGGGGCAAAAGCGCGGGGUUUUCCCCAUCCUCCCUUUGAACAGCCAUCUGCAAAUUCGCAUUAAUAAUGGAACAAUACACAGCAAAUAACACAAAUUCAACUGAACAGAUAGUGGUUCAGGGACAGAUUCAACAACAGGGCCAGCCUUUAAUGGUGCAAGUAAGUGGCGGUCAGCUUAUCACCUCCACUGGUCAACCAAUCAUGGUUCAAGCAGUGCCUACAGGUCAAGGGCAGACCAUUAUGCAGGUCCCUGUCUCUGGAGGGCAGGGCAUACAACAGAUCCAGCUGGUUCAGCCUGGCCAGAUCCAGCUUCAAACAGGACAGGCUGUUCAAGUCCAAAAUCCACAGGGUCAGGCACAGCAGAUUAUUAUACAGCAACCUCAGGCAGCUGUAACUGCUGGGCAGACACAGGGUCAACAGCAAAUCGUACAAGGUCAGCAGGUAGCACAGACUGCGGAGGGGCAGACAAUUGUGUACCAGCCAGUCAAUGCGGAUGGCACCAUACUCCAACAAGGCAUGAUCACCAUUCCCGCUGCCAGCCUUGCUGGAGCCCAGAUUGUCCAGACAGGAGCCAGCACAAGCACCACAAAUAGCAGCCAGGGCACUGUUACAGUAACGCUACCUGUCACGGGAAGCAUGGUCAAUGCAGGUGGCAUGGUAAUGAUGGUACCCGGUACUAGUACUGUUCCAGCGAUGCAAAGAAUCCCUUUGCCAGGUGCAGAGCUGCUAGAGGAGGAACCCUUAUAUGUAAAUGCCAAACAGUAUCAUCGAAUACUAAAGAGGAGACAGGCACGAGCCAAACUAGAAGCAGAGGGUAGAAUUCCAAAAGAGAGGAGGAAAUACCUCCAUGAAUCGCGUCAUCGUCACGCGAUGCAGCGAAAGCGUGGAGAAGGUGGUCGUUUCUUUUCUCCUAAGGAGGGUGACGAGAAUAUUCCUGAAUAAGAUUUCUGGGUAGGCGAGAGAAAAA